UCUCUAUAUAUCUCUCCUAGGUUUUCUUCUCCUUGCCUUUCUCAAUGACUAACAAGAAGAAAGGUUCCAACGUGGCAGAUCUCAUUAGUUCUAUUAUGCGUCUUUUCAAUGAAGAGGAUCGAGCAGACUCAGUUAACUAUCCCAUGAUUUUAUCCAUGGAGAAGAUUAAGCAUCUCAAAGAGAUUCAGGAAAAGCACGAUGAUUUACUGAAAAUUAUAGCAGCUUGUAAAAAGUCGAUUCAAUCAUAUUACACAAUGCGCUAUAAAAUUGUGAAUGGUGUUGCUGAAGCGGAAGGGGUAACAAGUGAGACUACAACUGAGGCUGAAGUGGAGGUAACCAAUGAAACUAAAGCUGAGGCUGAAGAGAAUGGAGUGCCAUCAUUUUGGCUCAAUGCCAUGAAAAUCGUCUUAGCUGAAGAGAUUAUGGAGUCUGAUGAAGAUGUUCUAAAGUAUCUCGAAGAUAUUGAGUGUACCACCAUCGAGGACCCGAAAGGAUUGGUGCUUAAGUUCUCUUUGAAAUCCAAUCCAAAUUUUUACGACCCGUACUUGGAACAGACAUUUCAUAUUUGGGACCGGAAUUUCCUGGAAACCAGAAUACCGGUGGACACUGAAUGAAGAGAAAAGCUUCUUCAACUUUUUCGAAGAUAUAAAUAACAGAUUUGGAGAAGAAGAGACUAAUGAAUAUAUGGUUUCGGAACAUUAUCCUGAGAUCACACACUACUAUUAUAUUGCUCAAAAUAUAAGAGAGAUGAUCCCCCAUCCGGUGUCAUGGUUUACUAUGGAGGAGGAGGAGACUGAUGAAGAGACUGAGACAAAGUCUGACGAGGAGGAUGAAGAAGAGGAAGCAACUGAGACAUAAAGAUCUGUUUUAACUUUUAACCUUGUGAUCUUAUUUAAAUCAUAUCAGGGUGCCAGUAAAUUUCUUGACCGACUUAUUGGGGAGAUCUACAUAAAAACUAUCUUUAGUUACCUUAGUUUAUUUAUACUAAGUUAUAGUUUGAUAAGUUAAUUCAAACUUAUAACUUAUUAUUUUUAUUCCAAUUUUAUAUCUAUUAUCUUACUUGAAAAAAUUAAAUAUU